AUGUUUGAAGACUCACGCACCAUUUUUCGCGAAGAUAUUGGCGAGUCGCCGUGGGUCUCGUACGAGUCGGCGCUCUGUCGCCGUCGGCAACACUCGUACGAGUCCACCCGAUCGGCGGUGGAAUUUGACGUGCCCGCGCGCAUUGCACCGGUCGAAGAUAUUGGCGAGUCGCCGUGGGUCUCGUACGAGUCGGCGCUCUGUCGCCGUCGGCAACACUCGUACGAGUCCACCCGAUCGGUGGUGGAAUUUGACGUGCCCGCGCGCAUUGCACCGGUCGAAGAUAUUGGCGAGUCGCCGUGGGUCUCGUACGAGUCGGCGCUCUGUCGCCGUCGGCAACACUCGUACGAGUCCACCCGAUCGGUGGUGGAAUUUGACGUGCCCGCGCGCAUUGCACCGGUCGAAGAUAUUGGCGAGUCGCCGUGGGUCUCGUACGAGUCGGCGCUCUGUCGCCGUCGGCAACACUCGUACGAGUCCACCCGAUCGGUGGUGGAAUUUGACGUGCCCGCGCGCAUUGCACCGGUCGAAGAUAUUGGCGAGUCGCCGUGGGUCUCGUACGAGUCGGCGCUCUGUCGCCGUCGGCAACACUCGUACGAGUCCACCCGAUCGGUGGUGGAAUUUGACGUGCCCGCGCGCAUUGCACCGGUCGAAGAUAUUGGCGAGUCGCCGUGGGUCUCGUACGAGUCGGCGCUCUGUCGCCGUCGGCAACACUCGUACGAGUCCACCCGAUCGGUGGUGGAAUUUGACGUGCCCGCGCGCAUUGCACCGGUCGAAGAUAUUGGCGAGUCGCUGUGGGUCUCGUACGAGUCGGCGCUCUGUCGCCGUCGGCAACACUCGUACGAGUCCACCCGAUCGGCGGUGGAAUUUGACGUGCCCGCGCGCAUUGCAUCGGUCGAAGAUAUUGGCGAGUCGCUGUGGGUCUCGUACGAGUCGGCGCUCUGUCGCCGUCGGCAACAUUCGUACGAGGCCACCCGAUUGGCGGUGUUCAUACUCCACAGGGUGUUUCGAAUGUCGGUAUCAUUAUGA